GUGGCCAAAAUGUAAACAAAUAUGGCGGGUGUGUUAAAAUAUCAAGAUAAGCGCUACCUUUUUAUAAGAGGGCUAAUUGACCAUGAACGCAGCCAGAGGUGUCGAACAUACUUGAAGUCAGCUGCGGAAUGGACAUCACGGGCCAUUGUAUCCCUGGAACUGGCAGUGGAGCCUGUAAAAUCUGUACAGCAGGCACGCUGUCUAGAAGGGAUAGGACCGGAGACAGCAACAAAACUUAUAAAACUAGACCAAGAGAAGGAGUACAGUAUGAUGAGACCCCGUACAGGGCGCUGUGCGAGCAGUGCAGGGGCAGUACUGGCUGCAUUGCUUGAGGCCACAGAGGAAGCCACAUUUCAAGGGCACAGCAAAGACAAAUCCAUUCUGUUGGCAGAGGAGAAGAUUAAAGAACGGUCAUCUAGACUGAGUGAAGAAGCCUUCUCUGAUAGAGAUUUCUGCAAGGCAUGGUGGCGCCUAGAAGUGCUUGUCAAACGUGGACUAAUCAAGCGUAGGAGUCACCGUAAACAGCCCGUCCUGGAGUUACUACCCCUUGGAAGGGAAGCAGCUCUCCAUAUUAGAGAUAGAUAUGGCCUUGAGUCAACUAUACCCACUGUGCCAAAUACACCAAAUGUAGUGCCAAGGACCACAACUCAAGACAGUACAGGAGACACAAUCCAGCUAAACCAGUCUGGAACCUAUUCAGGGGAGGUAACUGGGUAUGCUAGUGGACUGGUUGAUGCCCUGUUCACAAAUGACAAGGGGAAGGAUGGCGUUGUAUUGCUGGUAGACAGGCGGGAGAUGGGAGGGGAGAGAUAUGGCCUGGCCGAGGUCUGCAGAUUACUUGAGUCAGUGGGGGUCACCUAUCAGACUCGGCACCUAGCUGUGGGAGAUUACAGUUGGGUUUGGCGGAUAGACAGCAGGGAAAUCACACUUCCAGUCAUUGUGGAGAGGAAACGAGCAGAUGACAUAGCCCACACACUAAAGGAGGGCCGGUUCUGGUCGCAGGUGGAGCGUAUGUGUGGGUGGCGUGGUCAGUUCCAGGGGCGGGGUGUGGACACUGCCAUCCACUACGUCCUGGAGCGGUCAGUGGAGGAGUUUGUGGUACGAUGUGAUGACGGAUGUCAGGGUAUCGUCCGCUGUGGCAACCCCACCCUCCCACAGGUCAAGCAAGUGAUCCGUGACCUCCGGCAGCAUCCUGAACUGUUAGUGAAGCAGACUCCAGACCUCCACACCACAGUGACACUUCUCUCCUCCAUCACUGGAGAGUUACAGGAUAGACUGAGGAAAGGAGAGUUUGAUGUCCUGCUACAACAGACCUUAUCAGAUGUCCCUGUAGCAAACCCAGGUUCAAAAACUCCAAGCUCCACCAAUAUCUCCAAGAACUCCCUUGAUGCUAGUUCACUACAAUCUCAUGAUGAUGAUGAUGAUAGUGUGAACAGAGAUCUCCAGAGGGCUAUUGAGCUUUCAAAGGAAGAAUGUUCUGUUGUUGAUCUGACGAACUCUGAAGAUGCUGAUGAAGAAUUAAAAUUAGCAAUUGAAAGAUCUAGAAAUGAUGCAGACUUCAUGCCAAAGAAGCAUUGUGAUUUUGGUGCUCCUUACAUUGAAGUUGACAAUGAUAAAAAGACAGGUGCCAGUGCCAGGAGUCAAGCUUUGUAUGAUAAUAGAAGUAUUUCUGUUAACAAGCAUACUGGUAUGAUUGAUCAAGGGAAUAAAUACAGCGAAGUGAAGGAUGUUUUGUUUAGUGACCAAAAUAGUAAUUGGACUAAUUCUGAAGAUAUUGAUGAUGAGUUGAGAUUAGCAAUUGAACGAUCUGUAAAUGAUGUACAGCAUUUUGCAGAUGAGCACUCCGCAAAUGGUGCUUCUUUCUGUCCAGUUGAUAAAAGCAAACAAUCACGCUUCAUGGACAGAGAUGAAAUAUAUGAUCCUGAAGAUAUUUUUUUAAACAAAAGAACAGGUACAUUUCACCAGCAGAAGAUGUACAGUGAAGCUAAGAAUAUUCUGUCUACUGAAAAUGGUAGUGAUUUUUAUAGUGCUGUUAGCAAGCCAAGAAAGAGGAAAAAACAUGUACCAAACUUACAAAUUGAAGCUAAUAAUAAAAAUGUUGAAACCAGGGUUUUAACUGCCAAAGAGUAUGAACAUUCUGUAAGGAAGAAAUGCAAACAGAUAGAUUUCCAAUUAAAACCUUGUAAGUCAUUUAUUGAAGUAAAUCUCAUCAGUGGAGGUAACAUGUGUAAGGAGAAGAGCAAGACACACACAUCCACCACUACUGAGGAGAUCAUACCUGAACAAAAGCCUGAGGUUAAUGAGAUAAAUGAUCACAUUGAUCUUGAUACAGGAAGGGAGUUUGAAGGCACUGCACCAGUUGUAUCUGAUGAAACUGAAUACCAUUCAGAUGAGGAUUUGUUUGCAGAUUCUCCGAUGAUUCGCAAUACAUUACCAACCGAAACAACCUUGCGUUGUUCCUCAUCUGACGCUACUUUGGAAAGUGAGAAUUUGGUUACAAGGUCCCACCCUGAUCAUUAUAUUGACUGCAUGGAUGAACAUUUGGUUGAAACAUCACAAACAGAUGAUCAUGAAGGAUUAAAUGGAAGUUAUGAAAGUUUACCUGACAUUGAGUUAGACAAGGAUUACUUAUCCACAGCAAGAAGGAAUCGAAAUAUCGAUAGACCUUGCACGUCAAGGAACUUUCACUAUACACUCACUGGUGAGGUAGCACAGCGUGGGGCGGCACGAGACGGUGACUGCGAUGCAGAUAAGGUGGAAAUGUCAACCAACACUCGACAUAAAAGGUUUGACUCUGGAUAUGAGUCAGAGGCAGUGGUUCAUGAGAAAAACACAAUAGAUGUUUCAACUGGACACUCAGAAACUGACACAGAGAUUAACCGUAGUUGGAAAUCAGAUGAUAUGGAUAGUGAGGAUUUGGCAACUGUUGUCUCCAUAUUGCCCCACGUGAGCAGGGAAAGGGCUAGAGACAUGUUGAAGACGUGUGACAAAAAUGUGGAAAUGUGCAUCUCCAGGCUGCUUGAUAACUAGCAGAGUCUUUGGUAUGGAACAGUUUUAUUAGUUUAAGAGUUUGGGUAUUCUAAGAAAUAUACAGCAUAUAGUGUUGUGGAACAAUGCUUACUUCGCAUGGACAGAAUUCUUCUAGUCAGUUGUGUUUGCAUUGUGGUAUUAUCUGGGAUUAAUGCAAUAUAAUUACUCUUUGGUAUUAUUUUGUUUUUUUGUCUGGAGUUGUUUUCAUGUUUGAGCAGUGUUAACCAUUCUGUAUUCAUGUUACAUAUGUAGAUAGAUUUUGUGUUAUGAAAUAUUACUAUAAUUAAUUACACUAACUCCAACUAUUCCAGUUAUAGGCAUGAACUGUUCUAGUAUUACAUUUAUAGUGUUUUACCACAAAUAGUAAAUGAGACCUUUUUCAGACUUUACAUGUUUUUAAUUAUAAGCUAUAAAUAGAAAAUGUUGCAUUUUAUUUUCCUUGUGUCAAUAAGUUUUCUUGCCAUGCUAAAAAUAUAUUCUGUUAACUAAU